UUCAGCUUUACACUCCAAGUGGCUGGCUGGGUGCAGGCGGAAUGGCAGCAGAGGUGGACCCCAGCUAAUCAAACUUGCAGCAUGGCUUUAAAAGUGGACUGCAGAGUUGCAGCCGAAGAAUCAACCCCACUAGCAGAUGUGGCCUUGGCAUGGAAGAGUCUUCACAAAGCCAAAGAAGUGUUACAGAGGAUUGAAAACAAAUUUGACCAUGAAGACUGGAAUUAUGCCAAAGCUCAGAAAGCCAGGAAAAAGCUACAAUGUGAAAGGAGCCCCGACAGUAACAGAGGCCAAGAGGAACCCGUUUCAAUUGAAAUCAAGACUGAGGAGAGCUGUCUAUCCUGCAGGGGAAAUUGUGCAAGUGUUUCUCCUGCUUGGCCAGAGAACCGAUCCUUUGAGAGCCAGGCUGUGAGGAAUGAGUCAGCGAGAAUGAUGCAUGUGCCUUGCAGCAGGGAGCCAACGUCUUCAACAUGCAGCCCUGGCAGAAUGGACGUCCAAGGCGGCAGAGCUGCAGCUGGCACUCAGUCUGCUCCAGAGACUCUAAGCAUACUGGGGAGGAGGGGCAGUUUUAGUGACCAGGUAAACACAGAGAAGAAGAGCCCCACAGGACAGAUGGAGGGAGCUCCUCGCUCUCCACAGCAUCUGACCUCUUCCCCUGAGGACAGCAAGCGAGCUGCCCCCUGUGCAGUCUGGAGCCACACUCCCCUGUGCCCAUCAGUCCUGUCCGCCAUGCGCCCCCUUUUUCCCUGCAAUAGUCCCAGUGCUCAGAAGCAGCAGGGACUGAGGAGAUCACCCGACAACAAGCUAGAGCGACUCAGAGAGAGAAUUCAGGAGCAGAAGCAGCGACACCAACGCCUGGCUCCGGAAGCGAAGCAGCCCAGUGCCAGCUACUCCAGGGAACUGCUGCACGUAGAGCCCGUGAAGAGGAAGGUUCGCAAAGUGGCCUUUGCUCCUCCAGCCCCAGUUUACAGAGGUUUUAGUGCUGUAAAACUGAAGAUUGCUCAUUCUUCUGCGGAUGAGGAGACUGGAAUAUCAGAAUCUGAAGAAGUGGCCACCACCAGACAAAGUGGGGAUCAUAAAAACACGAGUCCAGACCAAAGAGACAGAUGCAUGACAAGCAGAAGUCAAAGGCCCAAGCAAGAACAGAGUUCAUCCAAGUCUCCUGUCCCUGAGAAAACACUGAAAGAGAAAGGAAGAAAACCCACAUCUGUAUUUUGUUUUCCAGGAUCCAAACUGAUUGGUGCUUCUGCAUGGCGAGAAGGUCAGAAGCUGGUGAAAAAGUUGCUUGGUCCACCUCCUAAAUUUACAAAGCUGGGGAGCACAUCUGAAGAGCAGAACCCUAAAAAUGACUCUGAAUCUGGUAAAGAUUUUGUAGCAACCCCACAAAUGGAACAAAGCUCUAGAGAAAAUGGUGUUCCUGGUGGAGGUGAUCACAUGGUGAACAGCUCUCCUCAUAAAAGCAGUCAGACUACACCCGGCAGUUCCAUUGAAAUUGCUAGCAAUGCACUGACCAGAGAUGCAAAGCAAAUACUACGGGAUCUACAUUUGCAAAACCAAUCUUGUGAGGAAUACAGAAGGACAAAGCCGCAGAAAGAUACCACAACAGGAAAGGCAGAAGAUUCAGAGCCAUAUCCAGAAACCAAUCCUCCUUCAACUGAAAUCAGCAGCAUCACUUGCUCGGAUUACAGCAGAGACAAGACCAGAUCCUUGUUCAUGAAAGCUGGAAUAAAGCCAAGAAAUUGCCACAGAGGAAAAAGUGCAUCUCUUCCAAGAAGUAAGGGCUCAAACAGCCCAGGACAGAAAGUGUCUGAGAAGGAAAGUAUUAAGAAGAGGGUAAACGUAGGGAAAGCCCACGCCUACAGCCCAGAAGAAGUGCAUGAAUUUAUGCACAGAAAGGUUGAGGAAAGAAAGAAGAAAAACCUAGAAGAGAAAAAGUCUUUAAAGCAGGCCAGAGAAACAAGAGCUCAGAGAUUACAAGAGUUAUACAGGAAACAGAAGGAAGCUUUUGCAAAGAAAUCAUGUUCUGGGGUGGCACAAGCUUUAAACAGGGGAUCUGUUCCUGCAACACAAGGUUCUCAGUAUAAACUUGCCCAAGAACAGACAAUGAAAAGGAGCCUGGAAAGGAAUUUUAUGGAGUGGGUGCAUAAAACAUCAUGUGCUUUAUUGAGAAGUGAGGAGCAGGGAAGCAGUGACUUACAUCCAAAGACAACUCAGCCACCUCAAGCAACAGAGACAUUUGAUUUUCCUUCUUCCCUGGCAUCUGAAAGUGGGUUCCUCAGCCCUUUAAACCUUAAAGACUUGGCAGUCAGCCCUUCUACAGCUCAGUACCUGCCUCCCCAGAGCUUUUUCCUUCCACUGAAAACUGCAAAAUCUGACCUCAAGGCCUCAGCUUCUGAGGACACUUCCAGCCCCUCUCCAUAUAGAAAUACACAGGAUAGAGUGAAGGCCAUUCACUCCCUAGCCAGGGAGCUUGGUGAGCGGAUUGAGAUGGCAACUGAAAGACUGAGGGGAACAAGCAGGCUACAAGACUCUAACGACAACGGAGGAGAGGAACAUCUACCUUUAGAACCUCCCAAUUGGUCUUCUCUAUGGUCAAAGCCCAAGACACCUAAAAGUGAGGGAAACAGGACCAUGAAAAUACAAACACUCCUGGGUGUUCAGAGUCCUAAUGGCGUAUGGAUUUCGUUAGACCGUGCACAGGAUAGGACUCUCGAUUUGGGUAGCCCCGAAGGAGCAGAAGCCCAGAAAAGGAAGGAGCGGUUACAGUCUGACACAGCCGCUGUUGGUGAGGAGUUACCGUGGAGUUCCAGUUUCGUGAUGCGUGGGAAAGCCCUGAAGGAUGUGUGGAAAGGUUUUACCAAGAAGAAGGAAUCUGACAUGGAAACGUGCCUAUUGCGAGGAAAGCCGAUAACCAGCAUAGCCUCUCCAUCUCCCGGAUUCCUCACUAGAAGUCCAGAGAGAAAACCAGCAAAUCAAAGGAAUCGCUCCAUAUUUGAUGCUCUUUCUGAAUCUGAGAAUCAAGCGGAAAUUAUUUCAUCCUCUCCUAGACAAAGUCUCAAAACAUCUCUCAGUCAUGGAUUUGAACCCCGCACUUCUCCAACCAGAAGGAUUGGGAUGCAAAAAGAAUUUGAGGACGACUUUGGCAGACACCCCAGAUGCAUAGAUUCUGAGGAGAGAUACAGGGAUCACCUUGAAAACAUACAGCAAACAUCUCUGAGGCUGGCUCACAAACUGAAGGCCGAUCGGCUCCAACAGGAAAGGCGGCUGGCUAUCCUGCAUGAGAAAGCAAAGCUAGAAGCUCAAGAGAGCCAGAGGUCUUUGGAUGAGUUGUUCAAGCUUCAGUUAGCGGGGCUGAAUGGCUCCCAAGCCAGCUGCACUGUGAGGGCAAGACUGAAGCAUGCUAAACAAGACCAGAGAAAAUACCAAUUUGAAAGUGAUCCCGAAAGAGAUGAUACAGCCGAGGACAGUAGCUUUACAGCACAGUCUCCAAAACAAUCUGCACUGAAAACUGAAAUCAACUGCAAUGUGAUGGAUGCCAUAAAAGCCACCAAGAGAAAAUCCACUGAGGAAAUGAACCUGGAUUCCUCAGCCCAGCAACAAGGAUCCCUGUCUGCAAAGCAUGGGGACUCUUUGCCCAUACAUCAAUCCUUGAAUUCUUUGCCUCCUUCAGUAAAUCAGCCCAGCAGCAAGACACUCACAGCAGACGAUUCAGGAGACAGCAGCGAACAAAUGGAUUCCACAAGCCAGUGGAGUGAAGUCAGUCAGCUCUAUGGAGGGUCCAGCACCUUUUGCCGUUUUAGUUUGACAAUGGCCGAGCAGUACUUGAGGGAAGAAGAACUACGAGCCCGGCACCAGACUGCCCUCCUUCGACUCCGAGAAAAAGCCCUUCAGGAGAAGACCCAGGCAGAGCUGGCCUGGCUGGAGCAUCGGAAAGGCUGUCUGGAUAAUCUGCGAGACAGUGAGGAAGUGUCUGCUGUAGCUGAGAAGCAGCACAAAAUCCUAACCAGGCUGAAGCAAGAGCAGGUAGAAAUCCAGCAUCUGCGAAAUAUCUAUAGGGCAGCUCACCAGGAGAGAAAACUGCUAUUAAAACAGCAGAGAGAAAUCUUACUGAUGCAGCAGUCAACAGCACAACUCCAGCGGGCGCUGCAUGGGUUGGCUCAAGGGCCACAGUUUACAAACAGCUCAGCAGAUGUUGAAGAAGCAAUAAAGCAGAAGACUGGGACAAUUUCCAGUCCAGCAAUAUCCUCCAUGCCAGCAGAAGCUACUGCAUAUUCACAAAGGCCUGUUCUGUCAAGGAAUGGAAACAGUUGUGCCCAGUUAAAGAAUACACUGAGCAGGAAAUACAAGAGCUUUCCUACUGAGAAAGAGAAAACAUCGCUGCAAGGCAGACAACAGGCAGAGCUGCCUCAGCGGUGGAAGCAAUGGUCAGGUGCACAAGACCCCGAGGUGUUUGAAACAAUGGCCAACGAACCAUGUGAUUCCAGUGGUCAAAGCACAAGCCCACUUGUGAUGGAUAAAGAUUCUGAAAACACAGGUAAUGCUAUCUCAUCCUCAGUGGAAGAAUUAGAAAGUGAUACACUGACAAUGGAAAAGGUGCACAAGGUGCAAGGAGAAAGCCAAGAGACUGCAGGAGAAGACGAAGGCUCAUGCCAUCCAUAUAAGGCUAAUGAUGGUGACAGAGGGUCAGGGUUGAUUUCAGAUGGAACCUCAGCAAUGGAAGCACAGACAGGAAAAGGAAGGCAGUCAGAGAAGCAGAGGAUAAAUGUGAACUCCAAACAAGACUCAGACAUCACUUACAUGGGUGUAAAAAAACUCCAGGUGUCUAAAAUCCUUCCAUUGCAAGAUGUUCCAGUCAACGAAGAAGAAGUGAAAGUAUCUGCACCAUAUGAGAAAAAUCCCGCUGAGGACAACCAGUUGAUUAAGCAUGUGGACAACGAUCCGUGUGAUCCCUCUGAUGAAGAGCAUGCUUUGAAAACAUGUUCAGAGGGACUAGGGUCCACAGUAUCAUCCACUGAAUCACACAACUCCUCUCUGAGAUGUGAGAGCGUAAACUCAUACCGCUCCCUCCCUGAAUUUCAUAAAGCCACUGCGGUUCGGAUCGAUGUCUCAGAAAGCUCUGUUUCAGACUCUGAAUUAGAAGCUGAGGACACAGAUAUCAGCCUCUCUGAGGAGUUUACCAUCCAGCAACAACUGUGUGGUGGUGAUGAUGAUGCUGUGUUUCCUAACCCUUCGACAAAGGCACAGAUAGCAGUAAGAGACAGAAAUGAAUUAUUAUCCAGUGAUAUAUGUGAUGAACAAGUGCCCCACGAUGAUUGCAAUCAUGAGGCCUCAUCGCUCUUUCAUGGCUCUGAAAAACAUCUUGGAGAUGUUUCAGAAUAUGAGUAUGCUUAUGAAUCACAUUCUGUCACUUCCCCAAACAGCGAAAAGCCAACGCUAAGUGCUUCAAGGAGAGAAGAACUAUUUUCCUUUCAGUUCGAUAACACUGCUAAUGGAAGGAGCAAGCCGUACUUGGAAGCUUCAGCUCUACUGCCUGGCUCAGAAAACUGCAGUGUAAACAAGAUCCCCUCUCAGGGAAAAUCUGAGCAGCAUUCAGAUUCCUCAUCCAGCUCCUUAUUGUGUAAUGAUAACUUUUGUACUGAGGAGACCUUUGAACAACAGGGUUCUUCAACUAGCAAAGCUGAAAAGGAUGGUGAAAGUUAUGAUUUAUCUGUUGGUCAGAGUAAAGUAGCGUUCAUGUGGUUUCCAUCCAAAAGUUCCCUGAAACAUCUAGAUGCUGUUCCUGAGCUGUUCAAUAACUGUGUAUUGCUUCCACCUAAAAAAUCCAUGACAAAUGAACAGAUGCCAUUGUUUCCUGUAGACUCUUCACUAGCUUCCAGAGACUUGUCAGAUUUAGAGGAAGCUAAAACUAAUCAGACAGAACUUUUAAUUGAAGGACACAUAUCCAACAAACCAAACGAAAUUGCAUUGCCACACUUAUCAGUGCCCACAAGUUCUGAAGAGGCUCCUACAGAAGCUGAAGUCAGUUCAUUUGACACACAAACCUUUCAGAGGGUGGCUGCACAAAAUCAAAAUAACUCAGCAAGAGAAGGACAAACCUUCAAGAAACCUGAGAUGGUGCCGCCUUGUUCUAUCGCCUCCAAAAAGCAGUUGCCACAAGCGAGACGCUGCCCUUCUGAGAGUGAAGAUGAUAUGAUUUUUAUCAGUGAUGAGGUUCUGCCUCCUAUUGAUAAAGAUACCUUGUCAGAAAUACUGUCUCCAGUUGACGAAGUGCUAUCCUAUGGAAGUGUUGAUUUACCAUCAUCUAAUAAAAAGGAUUUGUCAUUGUACAGUGAGGACCUUCCCACACUCCCGGAAGAGAUAGGUGGGAUAAAAAGUGGGGAUAUUAGCUUCAGCACAGAAGACUUCCCUUCUCCACCAGAACAAAUGACCUUCUCCGAGAGGAGAGAUUCACACUAUUCUCUGAAUGAUGAUGUGUCAGGACAAACAGAUGAGUUACCCUCAUUAGGUGAUAGCGCUAUGCCUGAAGAAUUGCCACUGCCAUCUUCAGGGUUAAUGGAUGUUUUUUCAGCUCAGGACGGGACUUUCUCUGGAGGUUGUUGGGGUAAAGAAAUUAUUUCAGGCGGAAAGGAGGACUUGUUAGAACAUGUGACAGCAGAAAACGAGACAACAUUGCAACCAUUAGGCUCACUCUGUAUGUCAAGUCCCACUUCUUCAGGUCAAACCAUUAAAAGGCCAGAACAUUUAAAGAAACAAAGCAAGCCAUUUUUAACGCUGUCCAAAGCUCAGGAAGAUCAUGACGACCCAUUAUUAUCAUUUGAAGUUGGAGACAGAGUAUUAGUGAAGCACAUCCAGCCAGGUACGCUGAUGUUCAAGGGGUGCACCUCUUUCGAUGACGGCUCUUGGGCUGGCGUGGCACUUGACAAACCAGAAGGUGAUCAUGAUGGAACUUAUGGAGGAGUGAAAUACUUCGUGUGCGCUAAAUAUUUUGGCAUCUUUGUCAGGCCUGAUCAAAUUUCACAUCUCUUGGAGGAUAAUGAAAAGAGUUCUGAUUACGCCAGGGAUGAAGACUCAUUCUCUGAUGAUGGAUCAUCCAGAGGGGACUACAAACGUGCUGAUGAUAACCAGCAGGGAACAGGAUAUACAGAGCAGAAAUCUGAAGACACGUACAGUGCACGGAGUUCAGCACUGAAAGAAGACAAGCCUAGAUCGCACACGUGCAUGCCAUCAGGAAAAGAGCACAAGGGACAGUUUCCUACCAAUGAGCAGUAUAUGUCCAAUGCAUUCAUUUGUCAAGCUGACUAUGUAUGUUUAGAAUCAGAGAAGGAAACAACAAAGCUAACACAGAUAAAGAAGGAGACAAAUGCAGAAGGUGUGCUUUCAAUGAGAAAUAAAGACAGUAACACAGAAGAAAUAAACAAGAGCAAACGUAUUAGUUGCUUGUUGAAAGACCAAGAAAGAAAGAAACUGGCUGAUGAUAUCUCAAGUGAGCUCACAAAAAAACUUUUGUAUGACACUUUAAGUGCAUUUUCGGAUACAACCGAACACAAAUAUAGAAGUGCCUUUGAAAGAGAACUGCGGAAUCAUGUUAAAGGCCUAAAAAAAGAAGGCAAUCACAGCACUAGCUUAUCAGAGCGAUCAGCUGAAGUUUUGGAUGUCUUACUGUGUGACUUUGACACACUUAGCAUUCAUGGGCCUCACACAGCACAAACAGUAGCAGAAAAAAUUGUAACUAAAUUUGUAGAUGACACAGUGAAAGAAUAUAAGAAAAUUAAAAGGAAACAAGGAGCUAAAGCAGACACGAUGUUUCACCUAUCUUCUGAGAUUCCUCAAGGCACUUUGCCAUUCCUUAGUAAGAUCCUCGAUGCUGGUGUUUUUGGAAGCUCUGAAGAUUUUGAUCAGCUCAAUUCUAUCCAACAUACUAAGGAAAUAAAAACUCAAAGGCAAACUCAGCAUAGAUUAGAUCACUGGCACUCAGCUCCUUGGAAGAAAACAAUAGAGGUUCCUCUGGUGGUACCACAUAAUAGUUCACAUGUUAAGAUACUGUCUGCACGUGCAGUAGAUGAACUAUGGACUCCUGAAAACAUUUGUUCAAAUUCUAGGAGGAUCAAUGUGCCGAAGGAUUUUGAAUGUAAUGACAUCUCAGAUGACGAUCUGGAAGCAGAAAGCAAGAGGAUUUACAAUCAGGUUAUCUUUGAUUUAACUCACGAGCUGCUACACGCAGAAUAUCAGGUGACAGCAAAUCCAAAUCCUCUUCCGUGGCUCAAAGAAAAUUUGGAUUCUCGCUAUUACAGACAUAUUUGCAGAAACACAGAUAUCAGUGAGGUCAAAUCAUUUAUUCAGGGAGAAAUUAUUAAGAUAAUGAACUUGGAAAUGAACAGCUUGGAGAUGAAGAGGAAACUCCUUAAUAUGACCAAGUAUGGAAAUUGUAAAAGGGACCGAGUGGAUCUUAUUCUGAUUCAGGAGCUCCACAAAGAAGAAUCUCAGUGGACUGACUAUGCUGAGGAUGAAUUAGCUGUGAAGAUGAGAGUAACUGAAGACAUUUUUGACAGCUUGGUCCUUGAUACAAUAGGCGUUCUUAAAAAGAUCUCUCUCAAAAGAACUUCUGAUUAGAUAUUUCUCUUAGAGCCCACAGUGAUGGAGGUUUUAAGCUCUGUGAGUUUCAGUGCAAUGGUUCCAUAAGCAUAGGCUUAAGAAUUUUCAUUCUGAACUUUGCGUCCAAUACCAGUAUCUCCUGGCUAAGUUUUAUGUUCAUGUUCACAGUGAAAGGGUGCAAACAAUUGACUCAUAGGGAUGACAAAAUACCACACACCCUUUAUACAUUGUAGAUAAUGUCUUCAUGGCAGCCCCACAUAUUCUGCUUCAAAAGGCCAAGAAGGGGUCAGCCCAAAGGAGGGUCCACCACAUCUGUGGUAAGGCAGAUCCUAUGACCCCUUGCAUACCUAUAGAGAGGCUGUGGUCAUUGUGGCAGCCUAAAGGCUGGAGUUGCAGUAGCAGCAGCUACAGAGGGGCUCAGCAGCAGCUCUUCACUCUGUCCCUGGAUUGUGGAAGUGGAUUUGAUCUCCCUAACCCCCCUUCAAGCUCUCCCUAAUUUCUCAGGAUUUACGCAGGUGGAAUGGAUUUCAUUCCCAUUUGAGACCACGAUGCCUGCUCUCUGCACUAAUAUCUUGCCCUACUGCUCAUAUGCCUUAGAACCAUGCUGUGCCCUCUGCUGGUUGUGCUAAACCCCUCAGUUUCUUGAGAUAUUUAAGAUUAAAUUGGAGAAAGCAAAAUUAGACUGGAGCAAGAACAUACUGUACAAAAUGAUCCUGCACUGGCUGGGGUAGGCAAAUGACAAAGUAGGUAUUUCUGUUUUAAUGUCUGUGCUCUUAUGUAAAUAAGACACAUACCAAUUGUCUGUACACUGUGAUGCACUUUAUAUGGGAUACUUCCUAUCAGCAGCCCAGUUUGAUGAAUGCUGUAUAUAUUUAUGAAAAUAAUUAGGUCUUUGGUACGCAUUUAGCACAUGUGAGUUUGUUUGAAUUAUUAUAAUUCCCCUAAAAAGAAUGUAUGCUGAGCAUGUGCCACUUGCCUUGGAAUGGGCAAAAUUGGGAAACUGAGUAAGUAGUGGAGGAAAAUAGGAUGAUCACAUUCCUUGAUCCAGAUUAUCCAGAUAAGGUUUCCAUGUGUGCCCUGUACUUGCAUUUUUUUCAUAUUCAGAGAAGAUCAAUUACUUUAUUACUGUUUUAAACAAACAUUGGCCACUAGAGACUAGGCAUCUGAUUUGUUUGUAUAUGAUUUGUUAAUUGGUAUUUUAUUUAAGUUACCAAUAUACAAAAACUGCUUAAAACUGAGGAAUUAAAUAAUUAUUUCAGUCGAUUUAUUAAAUCCUACUCAUUCAGGGAAUCAAGAUAAUUAAUUUAAUAUAAAUUAUAUGUAACUUUAUAUUUAAGGCACAAUAUUUAAGAUUUGGUAUUGUUGGACAAGAUGUAAUGCAAUGUAUUUUGUGUUUAUAUUUUUAAGUAUAGAUACUUCAUACUGCAGUUUUCAUAUUGAUUUGUUAGGCUUCUGAACAACUUAAAUAAAACCUUUCUUUUUUAACUAUUUUCAUCACAUCACACUGAAUGCCAUAUGUCAAUACAUUUAUAUUAUUUUAUUAGUUACCCAUUUGUAUCACAAUAGUGCCUAGCGGCACCAAUAAGAAAUUAAAGUCCCAUUGUGCUAGGAAUUGUACAUCCAUAACAUGAAAAAAGCUUACAGAUGUGGGCAAAGAUUUAUGCAUGUCCUUAACAUUACAUGUUAUAGUCCUUUUGCACUCACUGAGACUGUUCACAUUGCAUAAGUUAGCAUGUGUGAAAGUCUUUGCAGAUUCAGUCCCUAAGUAAAGCAAAAUAGUGGAAUGGGCAGUUCUGACAUUCGCUGCAAUAUUAAAAUAUAUUCUAUUUUUCAGACAGUUCUGGUGAAAUUAGCAUGUCGUGGGGUACAAGUAGAGGCACUACCACAGAAACACACAUUCUAGGCCAGAUCCUUAGCUGGUGUGAAUCAGCAUUGCUGCACUGACUACAGUGAAGAUGUCAAAUUAUGCCAGCUAAGGAGUUGGCUGGACUUGCUUGUGUUUAAAUUCUCAUUCUUAAUGUACCGCUAAUGGAACUGUCAGUUAAAAGUGCCCAACCCAGAACUGAUAUCAGCAAUGCACAGGUGUUCACCCCACUGUCUGGGUUGCACUGGCUCCAGAAAAGGCUAACCAUCACGUCACUCUCCUCCAGUGCAGUGCUACUGUAGACAGCAAGUGCUGAUGUAAUAACCCCAGCAGUGCAAACUGCCCUCCCACCCUCAUCCCAGAAGGCAUCAGGUAUUUCCCCAACAAUUCUGUUGGUACACAGAAAGAGUUGCUAAAGCUCCCACAAGUCACUGCUUUGGGAAGCUUUGAUGGGAACUGUUCGAUAGAUACCAAGAGGGAAAUGUGUUGCAAUUUUUUACUAGAGAGCUAUGUGUGAGUGCAGGAUAGUACUUGCAACCAAAACGAGAUGGCUGUCAUGGACUCUGGCACCAUUGUUGUUUACAUGCAUGCCAUCCUACUGGUUCAGUUACAGGGUUUAGAUUCUCUACUGUAGAAAUAAGCUUAGGGACCAGCUACCCUUUCCUGUCACCACAGUAACCUGAUCUCUGCCCUUUGUACCUAUUGAAUGAAUUGAAAUUAAAACUCGAGGGUGAAGGCUCUA